AUGUCAGCCGGUGAUAUUGACACACUCUCCAACCUGUGGAAGGCAUCACUUCUCAAGAAUGGACUCACCAAUGGAGAAGUUCCCUUCACAGAUAGCCAGGACUUGUACCAAACCAUUGAUGCAAUACCACUGGGUGGGAUACCAUGGGAAUCAUUUUCAUUGUCGUACAAUGGAGAUGUCCCAGAAGCAUCUAACCCGUCAUGGGUGGCUGGUUCCCAUGGUGUCUGGUUCCGUAGCCCAAACACUAUUGUACGCAAGAUGCUUUCAAAUCCAGACUUCAAAGAUGAGAUAGAUUAUGCACCUCUUCACGAGUUUGACGCAGACGGAAAACAUCAAUUCAAGGACUUCAUGUCUGGCGACUGGGCAAGGACUCAAGCUGAUAAGAUUGCUGAAGACCCAAUUACUCAUGGGGCAAUGGUCGUACCAAUUAUCCUUGGCAGCGACAAAACCACAGUUUCAGUUGCUACAGGCCACAAUGAGUAUUACCCUCUUUAUGUCUCAGUGGGGAAUGUGCACAACAAUGUACAGCGUGCACACCAAAAUGCUGUUGCCCUUCUAGGAUUUCUCGCUGUCGAUGAUGAGAACUGCAGUUAG